AAAGUAAACCCAUUGACAUCGAUUGAAAGUGGCCCAAGGUUUCUGUCUGGUUUAGCUCUUCCUGGGUCCUUUCCUCUCUCUUCUUUUCACCACUGCACCCAACCCCUCCCUCUCUCUCUCUCCUAGAGUCUUUCACUACAACUACCGGUGCCUGUUAGGUUUCUGUCGUUACUGGUUUAGUUCUCACGCGAUCACGCAGGCACUCGUCACUGUCUCCUUCACCUCCCGCACUGUGCUCCGAAUUUGAUUGAGUUGUGGACGCGAUGGCUUCCAAUUCCGAUUUGGUGCGCGCCGUUGAGUCGUUCCUCGGCGUUUCUCUCGGAGAUUCCGUUUCGGAUUCGCUGCUUCUCAUCGCCACCACCUCCGCCGCGGUCGUAAUCGGUCUUCUAGUGUUUUUCUGGAAGAAAUCUUCGGAUCGGAGCAAGGAGGUGAAGCCGCUGGUUGUGCCGAAGGGGUUAUUGAUGGAGGAGGAGGAGGAAGUUGACGUUGCCGCCGGCAAGACUAAGGUCACCAUUUUCUUCGGUACUCAGACCGGUACUGCUGAAGGCUUUGCGAAGGCGUUGGCAGAUGAGAUCAAGGCAAGGUAUGAAAAAGCGGCUGUCAAAGUUGUUGACCUGGAUGACUAUGCAGCUGAUGAUGAUCUAUACGAGGAGAAGCUGAAGAAAGAGAGUCUUGUAUUUUUCAUGCUGGCAACUUAUGGGGAUGGAGAACCAACAGACAAUGCUGCAAGAUUCUACAAAUGGUUUACUGAGGGGAAAGAUGAGAAGGGAACCUGGCUUGAAAAACUCACAUAUGGAGUUUUUGGCCUAGGUAACAGACAAUACGAACAUUUUAAUAAGAUAGGUAAAGUUGUGGAUGAAGAUCUUGCUGAACAAGGUGCAAAGCGUCUAGUUGCACUUGGAUUAGGUGACGAUGACCAAUCCAUUGAAGAUGAUUUUUCUGCCUGGAAAGAAAGUUUAUGGCCUGAGUUGGAUCAGUUGCUCAGAGAUGAGGAUGAUGCUAAUACUGUCUCUACCCCCUAUACAGCUGCUAUUCUUGAAUACCGAGUGGUGAUUCAUGAUCCCACUGCAACAUCAAACUAUGAUAAUCACUCAACCGUGGCAAAUGGGAAUGCUGUGUUUGAUAUUCAUCAUCCUUGCAGGGUGAAUGUUGCUGUACAAAAGGAGCUUCACAAACCUGUGUCUGAUCGUUCUUGCAUACAUUUGGAAUUUGAUGUAUCAGGGACGGGCAUAACAUAUGAAACUGGAGACCAUGUGGGUGUUUAUGCUGAGAACUGCAAUGAAACUGUUGAAGAAACUGGGAAGUUGUUGGGUCAGAAUUUAGAUUUAUUUUUUUCUCUUCACACAGACAAGGAGGAUGGCACUUCCCUAGGUGGUUCUCUCCUACCUCCUUUCCCUGGCCCUUGCUCACUGCGAACUGCAUUAGCACGUUAUGCUGAUCUCUUGAACCCCCCACGAAAGGCUGCUUUAGUUGCAUUAGCUGCUCAUGCCUCUGAACCUAGCCAAGCAGAAAGAUUAAAGUUCCUUUCAUCUCCUCAGGGGAAGGAUGAGUACUCCAAAUGGGUGGUUGGAAGCCAGAGGAGUCUCAUUGAGGUGAUGGCCGAGUUUCCAUCAGCAAAACCUCCUCUUGGUGUUUUUUUUGCUGCAAUAGCCCCUCGUUUACAGCCUCGUUAUUAUUCUAUUUCAUCCUCUCCUAGGUUUGCUCCUCAAAGGGUACAUGUAACUUGUGCUUUGGUGUAUGGUCCAACUCCCACUGGUAGAAUUCACAAAGGUGUAUGUUCAACUUGGAUGAAGAAUGCUAUUCCCUUAGAAAAAAGUCAAGACUGUAGCUCGGCUCCUAUUUUUAUUAGGCCAUCAAAUUUCAAGCUUCCAGUUGAUCAUUCAGUACCUGUUAUUAUGGUUGGACCUGGUACCGGUCUUGCACCUUUCAGGGGAUUUUUACAGGAAAGAUAUGCUCUCAAAGAGGAUGGUGUUCAACUUGGCCCUGCAUUACUCUUCUUUGGAUGUAGAAAUCGUCAAAUGGAUUUCAUUUAUGAGGAUGAGCUAAAGAAUUUUGUGGAACAAGGUUCUCUUUCAGAAUUGAUAGUUGCAUUCUCUAGAGAGGGGGCUGAAAAGGAAUAUGUUCAACACAAGAUGAUGGACAAAGCUGCGCACCUGUGGAGUUUGAUUUCUCAAGGAGGUUAUCUUUACGUCUGUGGUGAUGCCAAGGGCAUGGCCAGAGAUGUUCAUCGAACUCUUCAUUCCAUUGUCCAGGAGCAGGAAAACGUGGACUCAACAAAAGCUGAAGCUAUAGUGAAAAAACUCCAGACGGACGGACGUUACCUUAGAGAUGUAUGGUGAUUUUUCUUGUUGUUCGUCUGUUUUGAUUGUGGUAUCCUUGCUAUUUGGUAUGCAAAAUUCAAGAUUGGCUGGAGGAUAUUUUUGAGAUUAGUAGCUGCCUUUACGGAAAUUUAGGAACCGACAGUGGAGGCUUAUCAGGUUUCCUUGAGAAGAAAUGCUUUUCUGGACAUUUGCCCUUUUUCUUUCUAUUGUCUUUACAUUAUCUUAUGAUAGGUUGGAUGGAUCCCUCUAAACUAGGAUUAAUUUUAGGGGGACUCUGAUGGUUAGUCUCAGAAAUCGGUCAACACAUAGAGGUUACAGUGGAUGAUUGUGUAUCAUUUAAGUGUAGAAAUUCGUAACGAAUAAUUAUUUUUUAUUAAUGAAACUUGUUUUUUUAAUGCAGAGGA